UCAUUUACAGGGUGCGAGUGGACCAUGGUAAGUGGAAUCCACUGAGCCUCGAGGCAAAAAGGGGACAUUUGGAAUUUCCACCCGGAAUCGAAUCAAACGAACACCCCCAAAACGGAAACGGAGGACGCGAACUAGAAAGACCCACCUGAUCGUCCCUGGUGUGAGAAUGCUAAAUGUGGGGAGGAUCGUCUGCCUGUACAGGAAAAAGCAGACGAUAGCAAUGAUGCUCCAUCGGCACCUCUUCCGUUGACUGGGAGGGUGCAUGGAAGCGACGGCGGUGCCCCUUCUGAGGGUCCUGUGAGCAAUUCACCCCCCUCCUCCUCACUCACCUAUUCUGUCGAAAAUCCAUACCUUUCAAACAGAGGACAAACAGCGAAACAGGCAUGGCGAGCGGAUCGGGUGGCCAGGAACAGGAGGAGUUCGGCGUGACAGUCGCGGAACUCCGCGAACUUAUGGAAUGCAGGGGUUACGAGGCCGUUCAGAUGAUACAGGACGAGCACGGGGGAGUCCACAACCUCUGCAGGAAGUUGCACACCUCGCCAACAGACGGUCUGAGUGGUGCUGCGUCAGAUCUCGCUCGCCGGAGGGAGGUGUUUGGCGCGAACUCCAUCCCCCCCAAACCACCCAAGACGUUCCUGCAGCUGGUGUGGGAGGCGCUACAGGACGUCACACUCAUCAUCCUACAGGUGGCGGCACUCGUCUCCCUCGGUCUCGCCUUCUACGAAUCACCCGCAGACGAAGAAACGAAAGGACAAGACGAAGGGGAGAGCGAAGCCGGUUGGAUCGAGGGCGUGGCCAUCCUGGUGUCAGUAGUGAUCGUGGUGCUGGUCACGGCCUUCAACGACUACACCAAAGAACGGCAGUUCCGGGGGCUCCAGAACCGCAUCGAACACGAGCACAAAUUCUCUGUGAUACGAGGGGGAGAGGUCAUGCAGAUUCCGGUCAGCGACAUUGUCGCGGGGGACAUUUGUCAAGUCAAAUACGGUGACCUUCUACCGGCGGACGGCAUCAUCAUCCAAAGCAACGACUUGAAAGUGGACGAAAGUUCGCUAACGGGAGAAUCAGAUCACGUAAAGAAGGGAGAAGAUCACGAUCCCAUGUUACUCUCAGGUACCCACGUCAUGGAAGGAAGCGGGAAGAUGGUCGUGGCUGCUGUAGGAGUAAAUUCACAAGCAGGCAUCAUUUUCACUCUCUUGGGGGCUGCUAAAGAGGAAGCGCCGCAACCGAAAGCUGCCCCGAAAAGGCCGGCGCCGGGAGAGGGCGAAGCAAACAUUCCAAACGACACCACCCCCCACGAAGAUGAAAGAGAAGCUGCCCCGAAAAAGAGCUCGGAAGACAGCAAUCCUCAUAAAGAAAAGUCUGUUCUGCAAGCCAAGCUAACCAAGCUAGCCAUCCAAAUAGGUUACGCAGGUUCGACGAUUGCUGCGUUCACCGUUGUGAUCCUCAUGAUUCGGUUCGCCAUCACGACGUUCGUGGUGAAUGAAAACACCUGGAAGGCUGAGCACACGCAGAUGCUGGUCAAGUUCCUCAUCAUCGGUGUGACGGUGCUAGUGGUCGCUGUGCCAGAGGGAUUGCCCCUCGCGGUGACCCUUGCUCUCGCCUACUCCGUCAAGAAAAUGAUGAAAGACAACAAUCUGGUUCGCCAUCUUGACGCGUGUGAGACCAUGGGCAAUGCUACAGCCAUCUGUUCCGACAAAACGGGAACCCUCACCACUAAUAGAAUGACUGUAGUUCAGUGUUUUAUCUGCAACGUGCAUUAUAAAAGCAUCCCCAAGUAUGCCAGUCUACCACCUGAAGUGGCUUCUAUCAUCGUGGACGCAAUAUCAAUCAACAGCGCCUACACCUCUCGAAUAAUGGAACCUGACAAUCCUGGCGAACUGCCAAAGCAGGUGGGCAAUAAGACGGAGUGUGCCCUCCUGGGUUUCGUAUUGGAGCUGGGUAAAGAUUACCAGAAAGUUCGGGACGUGAUGCCCGAGGAGAAGCUCCACAAAGUGUACACUUUCAACUCCGUCAGAAAAUCCAUGAGCACUGUGAUACGACUGCCCAAUAAAGGCUUCCGGAUAUUCACCAAGGGGGCCUCAGAGAUCGUCCUCCAAAAGUGUUCGUUCAUCUUCGGUGCUGGCGGCCAGCUGGAGCGGUUCACGCCGGCGGACGCGGACCGGCUCGUGAAGAGCGUUAUCGAGCCGAUGGCCUGCAACGGGCUCCGCACCAUCGGCAUCGCCUACAAAGACUUCAUCCUGGGGGACGAGGCCAACGCCAACCAGGAACGGUGCGACGGCGAGCCCAACUGGGACGACGAGCAGAGCAUCGUCACCAACCUCACUGCCAUUUGCAUAGUCGGCAUCGAAGACCCUGUCAGAUCGGAGGUGCCAGAGGCCAUCAAACAGUGCCAGCGGGCGGGCAUCACCGUCCGGAUGGUGACGGGAGACAACAUCAACACCGCCCGAUCCAUCAGCCAGAAAUGCGGCAUCAUCCGGCCUCAGGACGACUUUCUCGUCCUGGAAGGAAAAGAGUUCAACGCGAGAAUCAGGGACGCCAACGGAGAGGUCCAGCAACAUCUCCUGGACAAAGUGUGGCCCCGGCUAAGGGUGCUAGCGAGGAGCUCCCCCACCGACAAGUACAUUCUAGUGAAAGGCAUCAUCGACAGCAAACUGCAUGCCAACAGGGAAGUGGUGGCGGUCACCGGGGACGGCACGAACGACGGACCGGCACUCAAAAAAGCAGAUGUUGGAUUCGCCAUGGGUAUUGCAGGGACGGACGUGGCGAAAGAAGCCUCCGACAUCAUUCUGACGGACGACAACUUCACGAGCAUAGUGAAGGCCGUGAUGUGGGGGAGGAACGUCUAUGACAGCAUCGCCAAGUUCCUUCAGUUUCAGCUCACGGUCAACGUGGUCGCAGUCAUCGUUGCCUUCGUGGGAGCCUGUGCAAUAGAGGACAGCCCUCUGAAAGCUGUCCAGAUGCUGUGGGUGAACUUAAUCAUGGACACCCUGGCGUCCCUCGCACUGGCCACCGAGAUGCCUACCUCGCAACUCCUGCUGAGGAAGCCUUACGGCAGGACGAAACCCCUCAUUUCUAGGACCAUGAUGAAGAACAUCCUCGGACACGCCAUCUAUCAACUGACCAUCAUCUUUACAUUACUCUUCAUCGGGCACCGCCUCUUCGACAUCGAUUCGGGCAUGUAUGCGCCUUUGCAUUCUCCACCUACGCAGCACUUCACCAUCAUCUUCAACACUUUCGUCAUGAUGACCCUCUUCAACGAGAUCAAUGCCCGAAAAAUCCACGGAGAGAGGAACAUCUUCGAGGGCCUUCUCACAAACCCCGUCUUUUACAGCAUACUCAUAAUCACCGCCGCCUCGCAGGUGAUUAUCGUCCAGUUUGGGGGUCGAGCAUUUUCGACCGCCCCCCUGUCGCUGGACCAGUGGCUGUGGUGCUUAUUCUUCGGUGCCGGGGUACUGGUGUGGGGCCAGUGUAUCACAACAAUCCCCACGAAGAAGAUCCCCAAGACGUUCACGUGGGGUUCGGGCAACCCCGAAGACCUGGACGCGGGCGGGUCCCUGGUGGAGGACACCUCCAGGGGGUCCAUAUCUCAGGAAGUGAAGAGAACGGGACAGAUCCUCUGGAUCAGAGGACUCACGCGUCUACAAACUCAGCUUUCAUUGCAAUCAAGUAUGUCGUUGCAGGUGAUUGGCGGGGAGCUACAAGACAGAUUGAUACCAGUUCCCUAUAGUAAAGCCGCUACUGACGAAGCGAUUCGUGUGGUGAGUGCGUUCCGCAGCGGCAUGGACUCCCGCAAGAACUCGACUGCGGACUCUAGCGGCGCCCUGGGCCGCUCGGCCAGCAAGCGCGCGCCCCUCCUGCAUCCGAACGCCACAGCCUCCACCAGCGCGGAUGUGAUCAAGGACGCCACGACAGGCAAUGACAAGAAGAACUCCGCUCACAACGAAACUCCCGUUUGAAUGAACUCUACCCUUUCUCUCUUUCAAUCUCCUUCUCUCUCUCUCUAAUCUCUAUCUCUCUAAUCUCUAAUAUCUUCUUAUUUCUCGUGCGAGGAGAGCGCAGGGAGAAGCCUGCCUCACUCGUAGUCAACUAGGAGAACACUACCUUAGGGCGGCGACAUCAUCCGGUUAUAUAACACUUGUGUGUGUUUUUAUAAUCCAGUAGAGGAAGCAGAGAUAAAAAACAAAAUAUACAGAAGACUGUAGAAGAUAUAUAAAUAUAUAUAUAUAUAUAUUAAGGAAAAAUAUCUAUAUACAUAUACAACUAUGCAUCCGUAGGUGUGCAUGUAUAUACAUAUAUAUAUAUUUAAGAUGAAGGGAAGAAAUUAGAUCCCAAUAGACCAUAUAGAACAUCGCUCUUAGUGUUUUAGAUUGUGACUGCCUACUAACGAAGCUGAAAUCGGAAGAAGAAUAAAUAAAUAAAUAAAAUACUGUAGCAACUUAAUCACGUGUAUAUUUGUAAAGUGCUCAACAAUAAAAAAAAGAUAUUAUAAUACAUGAAGAGUGUCUCACUCUGCAUCUUAUAUCAAAAUGGUGAACUGUGGUUCGACGUCCCAGACACCGCAAGUGACAUUUCUCUCUACAACUUAGGACAAACCUUCCUCGUGCGAUUAUCCUUUAUUAGAGAGCAUCCGGUGCAUCUCGUGGACGCAUCGAGAUUCUGACAACGAGUUUCAAAGCCAACCAUUCAAGUGAAAAAAAAGAAAAAUUACAAAAAAAAAAAUAAUAAACUCCAUGCCAAGUUCCUCUUCUUCGCUUUUAUGUUUCUUCACUUUCGGGGCUCCGUGCGUUUGGCUGUUGAAGGGACAAAGAAUGCGAUGGAGACGACGAGCCGGCUUUCUGGGUCAGGGCCCUAAAGUAGAACCACCUGUUCUCGAUCCUUGAAGUAGUGGGCGUGUAAUCCAACUUUAAUUAUCGACACCUCUAGUCAAUGAAAGCUUUUACAACAGCUUUUAAAGCUUCCCCCCAAGCCCUAUCAUUCCUCUGCAGAGAAGCGAUGUAUAUAUUUUCCUCAAGUUGGAAAAUCCUCAAGGAGUAUUAGUGGUUAGAGCCGUGUUCCUUUUUUAAUAAUUACUAUUAUUUACAUUUCGAAAGAGAACGCCCACUCUAUUAAAUAAGGUUCUUGUAAAAAGUACAUUCUAUACUUCAUAUAGAAUAAAUACUUUCACAAUUCUUUAGGGUUUUUCAUAUAAAGUAGUCUGUGUUUUUAAGUUGUGAGACGAGUAAAAAAAACUGUUCGGUCAGCAUCGAUUUUAGUAUGGUGCAAAUCAGAUUCAGGUAGAAGUUUUGUAUUAUAUAAUCAUCCGUCAUCCAAUAUUCUCAUCAACGAAGUAAUUCGCGCAUGCGCAGCAAACAUUUAGCUUAUGUAGCUUGUAUUUACAAGAUGCGGACUGCCGUAGAAAUUUUCACCUGGCUGUACGCGUAAUUUCAAAGCAUCUACAACUUUGUAAACAAAAAUAGGAUUAAGGUAGAACUUGUCUAACUACAACGAUUAUGUCGCACAUUUCUGCGAUUAGAGCCUAAAUUAUUGUUUUGCUAGAUAGUUGAUGUGUCAACCAACUUGUUUAAUAAAAUGCAAGGUCAUUUUUGCUCCUUAGCAAGACUGAAGCUUUUUUAUUUUUCCCGUUAUUUUUGGGAUAUUAUGUGAACGAAGCAAAGUUUAAAAAAAAUCCAUUUGUCGAAUUCACUUUGUUGGAUCUUUAAAAACAAAAGUCAAACUUAAUUCUUUUACAUAAGCCAAAAUUUGUCAAAACAUCGGCUUUAUUAGAGCUAAUAAAAGAAAUAAUUUUUUUUCUCUUUUUAAAGCUUUCGAAAUUGUAAUAAAAUAAGAUCUUUGAAUUUAGUUGAAAAUAUCGGCAGAAUUCAUAUCUUGAAAUAAGUUGAAAAAUUCAUCCCCUUUGUAUAAAAAAAAAUGCUAGCAUCUAUAUCAAAGUGUACAUAUAAGAAAUACUUAGCAAUUUCCUUUUAGAAUUUAUGAUUGGAAGCAAAAUAAGGAAUUCCAAACAAAAAUAAAUAGCGUAAGAAGGCAUUUAUAAAUUUAUUAAACUAGUCAUCGGUAAUAUGUAUUUAUAACUUUAAAGAAUUCAGUUUUUUUUUCAUUAAUAAUACAAUUGUAUGUACUUCAUCAUUUGGAUAUCGCAUGUGAUUUUUAGGCGAUUAAAAAAUUUUGUGAAGAUAUUCUUUGAUAUCUAUUAACGGAUCAAUUUGCACAAUAAAUCUCGAUAUCGACAGAUCAUUGAUCAAGGUCUUUCUAAAAAGAUAAUAAAAAAUGCUAUAUGAAUUACCAAAAGCUAAACGGGAAAGAAUUAAACGAUUUUUUUAGAAUCAUUCUCACCAAAAUUGGACCACUCAUAAUAAUGUAUCUGCAAGUUUAUAAGAAUGUAUUCACAAAACGAAAAGUGUUCAUUAGAACGCAUUCACAAAACGAAAGACGUUCAUGAGAACGCAUUCAUAAAAUUAUAAACGUUCAUAGAAUGCAUCAUAAAAUGAAAGACGUUCAUAAGAACGCAUUAAAAAAAUUGUUCAAGAUUCGCGAUUCCAAAUAUUAUAUCUCAGGGUCUGAAAUCAAAAAGCAUUGGGAAAGAGGGACAUCAUCAAAGUAAUGCAAGAAUUCCGGUCACUGGAACCCACUUUUUUUAAUUUCUACUCUCUGUGUGUCCGAGCGUAGACGUCGUCUCCAUUCAUUCUUAUUUCCUCCAUGAUUUCUCAGAUAAAAAGGGAAAUAAUUUUGUCGCGUCCUCUUCUUCCGUUGUUACGGGACCAUUCUGUGCGCCUUAGUUGACUGUUCCCUUUUCCUUUUUGCAAACGGAAUGGGAAUUUGAGUUCAUUGAUUUUGUUGUAUGUGUGUGUAUGUCUCUAAUAUAUUGCACUGGCGGCUUUCACCUCAAACACAACUACCAAUAAGUGUUCUCCAAACUGAAAAUCUAUGCAAGACUAUUCUUCCACUUGUGAGAAGAUACGAACGCAUUGUUUAAUUCGUAGCAUUCUCGAAAAAUAUCCCCUGCUCAGUUGUCUCUCUUGUGAUAUCACUACAUUUAGAAUAAAAUAAUUUUUGUUUCAAUGACGUGACUUUCAACAUAAAGUGCCAUACGCUUUUAGAAACGAUUUCCUUUAUAACUGAGACACUAGCUUUUUGCAUCAUAUCUACACAGUUUGGGGAACACUUAACGGUAAAAUAUUUUGGUUUCACAGAAAAAUAAAGUAUAAUGCAUGGAGUGAAAAUAAAAUAAAAAAACAUCGAACAAUGAUUUUCACGAAAAUAUUCAGGAAAUGUAUUUGAUCCAGAACAUUGUAUGCUGAUUUUUUUAAUGAUAUAAUUCGCUGUUUAUUAAUUUUGAUUUUUUUUCCCCUUUUCAUUUUAAGUACAGAUUUCAGUAAGAUUUCUUCUAUAGAGCUAAUCAUAAUAUCACUGCCAAUUUUUCGAUUAGCUUACUUAACGCUGAGCACGAAUAGAGUGCAUGCCUUUUUAGAAUUAUAUCAAAUUUAUGAAUUUAUUGCUCAAUAAUUAUUUUAAUAUUAUCCCUUCAGAUAAUUUUAAGCUUCAGAUAAUUUUUCCAUUUAUGUCUUUACUUUCAUUCAAAACCCUGCUAUACAACCCAUUAUUAUUGAUUGACAUUUCCCUUCAAUACGGAUGCAGUGACAUCAGAAGCAUUGCAUUUACUCUAUUGCAUACCCAUUUGCCCGUAUAAAAAAAUGUGUGUCUAACUUGCACAAGAAGUAAACACGCGUUCACUCUUCUUUAGGGUUGUCAUUUUAAAAAAAAGAUAGGAUACUGCUUUGGAGACACCUUGCUCACACACAGACUGCAUGCCUUUGAGUACCGAUUGCAGUAUAUGUUCUAAAAGCGACAUGAAUGCAAAGAAUCAAAUAAUUUACUUAAAAGGGAUAAUGAUCAGACUGAACCACGGGAAAGUGGCACGUUUGAAGCUUUUUUGAGUGAAACUAUUUAUAAUAUUUCAUGUAAUAAAAUUUAAAGUAACAUACAUAAGUUAAUCAACUAAAUUUAGAGCGUUUCCAUCACUUUACAUCGUUUCAAGCAUUUCAAGACUCUAAAUGAGUAUUUUGUAGAGAAAAUUUCACUAUUGAUUAGACACUUUUCUAAUGUAAAUAUGAAAAUUGUACUGUAAAAAUGAAUUUUUAAAUAUGAAUGUGGUUUAAGAAAGUUUUACUUUGGAUAAUUGUCUCAAAAACAUUUCCAAUCAUCUUAUCAUCAAGCAAAGAACAUUGAAAAGAUUUUAAAAUUGAACCUUUGAUAAACGCAAAUAUGUAAUGGUGCUCAUCUGUUUAUCAUACUAAAAAAAGUAAUAAAAUAAAAUUUUGCAAAUUCUUUGCUACUCUAGAGCUUGUAAUCCUAUUGGAUGACCCAUCGAAAGAGCGAAAAACGAAUCUAUUCAAUAGCAGAUUCAGCCUUCUGCGCUAUUGUCAGUUCAUUCAAAACUUCCCGUGCAGGAAGUAGAAGAAUUUGAACCUCAAAAUUAAAAUGCAAAAUGUAAUUAUUUUUUUCGAGGUAGAAACGGUAGCGGGAUGGAAUUCAGUAUCAGUUACAAUAAAUAACCAGUACUUCGUGAUGUGCAUAGGGAAGAAUGACCAGCCUGUCCAUGGCAAGAGCAAGAUGUCUCCGAAGUCAGGUACUUAGCUAUUUGUGCCUAAUCAGUGAGUUCUUAAUAGCAGAGGGUCGUCCAACGAAAUGGUUCAGUUAGAUUACGGGCUGCCCAUGCAGCAGCCGACAUUUCAUACGGAGGGCCGCCAGUGUCGACUACAGAUAUUAUAUAAACAAUCUUCUAGUAAAAAAUCUAAAAAGUACUACUUUAAGUUGAUGGAUGUGUCCCAUUUCUGCGCUUCAGUGAUGUCUACUAUACAACGAGUUUCAAGCUUUGAAAGAAAGAAAAGUGUAAGUAGUUGAAAGUAUGCCAAAAAGAAUGGCCUGUUAAUAAAGCUCUACUCUUA